GAUGCCAGGCAAACAAGCGGCCCACCACGUUUGACCCGUUCACCAGGCUAAAUAUGGCCGACUAUUCCAUCCUUCUCCUUUCCAACUAUCUCCCUCUUCGUCUCUGCUGCUCGUCCCCAGUCCAUGGACGCCUUCUCUAAUGACUCUGCAUUCCAGUCCAUAACCCGCAAGAGAAAGGCCGAUGGUGACGAUUGUGGCCCACAAGACUCUUCUAUAUCCUCAGACUCGUCCUCGGGCGUAGAGCCCAUGUUGCUCGACUCUUCUGCCACGCCACGCAUGCCUACCAAGGCUGCAGAGGCCCAGUCGACAUCCUGGCUACUGGCCCAGCACCACCGCAGUAUCGUUGUACCCUGGCAACCGUCGGCUGCACUCUCAGCCUCUUCGGUAGCUUUAGCUUCGCUAGAGGGGCCUUCCAGACCCAAGCGACCGCGUAUUGAGAUACCGCAAAGCGUGCCACUCGCUGCACGACGGUCUCGCAAAGGUCGCACACCUUUGUCCUCAGCUGUUGCCUCCCCUCGUAGGUUCUCUCGUCAUGCUCGCGCUGGUGGACUCAGAGACAGUGGCAUGGUCUCAGCUAAGGAUCCUGGUCCAAGCAGAUCGCUUCUUGUUCCCAUCCAGAACUUCACGUCUUCCCGUCCGCCUUCAUAUUCAGCGCCCGCUUCACCGAUCGAACCUCUUCCUUCAAGUAUACCCUCCCAGCAGCCUCCGGUGAAUCGAGACACUCUUAAGGAGCUGGACCUAGAUGCUAUUCUACGCAAUCCUCAACUUCGUCAUGAUCUACUGUUCGACUCGGGACUGCAGUUCCGUCCUACUUCGAGUAGGCGAAAGCGCGAUGUGGCGGAUAAUUACUGGCUCGCUGUCGAACGCGAGCUAGAGACUGGUUGCACAUGUGUAACCGUCGAUGCUAACGGCAAACUACGCGACCGUGUCUGUGUCUGUAAUUCUUUUCCGAUGCCAAGGUCGAGGUCUAUUCGCGUCUCCUCGUCUUCGGGAGAUUUCUCCACAGUUCGGACGCCGUCUCGUCUCAAACCUCUUUUGUGCGAACUAUUGGAAGUUCUCAUAUCUAUCAUUCAGCCUGUCGUCGCCCAUUCCAGCAGCUUUGGCAUGCCAUCUGGCUUGUUGCACCCGCAAUAUAGCCAAAGCACUUCUCACGUAACUUACCUCCGGUCGAUAAUAGACGCAGACCUUAUCCAGCAGGAGGUUGAUCACAAUCUGUUCGACCCAUCCGGUGUCUUCAAGGCCAUAGGAGACAUCAUCCGAUGUUAUUGCGCGCCUAUGCGAGACCAGGCUGUUGACCAAAUGGUCAAGCUUGCCCAGUCUUGCGCCCCUGGCGGUACAGGAACGAAAUCUGAUGCCGUUCGAGCGAUACGACUGUGUUUCGAGAUUAUGGAAUUGAUGAAAUUGGAUGUUGCGAAUCACCAACUCCAGACUCUCCGUCCUUAUCUCAUUCAGUCAUCGGCACAAUUUGAAUUGAGUAUGUUUGAGGAAAGCCGCCAGAAGGGAAAACUCUCACUGCGUGUCACACGGGACCUGCUCACGUCGGUCUACUCCGAGUUGGCUGACAACAACAGUGUUACUGCGCCGGACCUCACAGUAGCUGUUUUCCGCAAUGCGAAACUAUCCAGACAUACCCAAAUUCAGAUCACAGUGACGAAAACUAUCGUGAACCUCAUAUUCAAUCCUCCACCUCCAUCCUCCCCACCGCAUUCUCCAUCAUCAUGCUCACAUCGCAAAGGCCCAGUUGCGCAACCAGGAUACCCCGAGACACUCUAUCUCGACCAUAGCAGGCUAAAAGCGCUUGGCAACGAUGUGUCCGACUUGACCGCACUCUAUAUGCUACUGAUGCUGUAUCGACAACUCGUGCACGCCUCGGGUUCAUCGCAUGGCCCAAUUAAACUCGAUGAACUUCUUGCUCUAAAGAAGGAAAUCUGGGAGAUUGGGCCACAGCAUCUAGGGCAUUGUUUCAUUCAUAGUUCACACGAUUCCUCAGAUACCCCUUCCACUCCGACAGUUCGACACGCAGAAAAGUCUCCUGCAGACUCGAAAAGGUGGCGCGACGAUCUCAAUAAUGUUAUUCUACAAUUGACGACACGUGCGGGUGAUACAUCAUUCCGUACACGUAUACCCCCUUCAACUUCUUCUUCAUCUUCCCUGUCCGAUUCGCAGAACACCAGUUUAGACUCUCAAUCAACCCUUCGCCUUAACGAUCGACUUCCUGACCCCGCAAUGCUCCAACUUGCUACGAGCUGGGCAGACACCAACCUUCGACGCGACGCCCCUCUAUGCGUACUCAUGCGUAAGCGGGUUCGUCGCCUCGUGGAGGAACGGACUAUUCAGAUGGUCGUUCCUGCUAUCAAGACGCCCACUAGCUCAGAACUUGCAGCAGGCUUGGAACAAGAUCGCGUUGUCGCCAGCGGGCUUGAACCCCUCAUGCCCGAAAUCAACCACCUUGCAGAGCGGUUGACGAAGCUUGUGUCCAUACACACGAACGUUUAUGGAACGUUGUAUGCGCAGCCAGGAUUCCUGCCCGAAUUCCCCUCCCCAUGAGGCUUCUGCAUUUCCCUAUAACUUCACAUUUCGCGCUGGAGUUCAUUGUUCCGUACCGCCCGUAAGCUGUGGGCGGUUUGGGAGCUUGCGUUGGUUUUCUCCAUUGAUGAUUUCGGUUGCCUGGUUUCCGAUUCUGUGUUCUGCGUUUAUUUCCUUCGACGGGACAUGCCUUUGGCAUGUGUUCGACAUACACUCGUUCUUUGAAGUUGGGCUACCGCCUUUUUCUAUUACGUUCUUACGCUUUCCCUUUUUCCUCCUUACGAAUCGAAUAGUGACUCACGAAAGUCAUGUAAGUACUUAGCUACACCGUGAAGUAAUAGAGACGAAGAAGUACAACAAUAAAUUGCCUUCUACCAUUUC